AUGGGUUCUCCUGGGGCAGAACCACGUCCCUCAUACUCACACACCCGGGAGCGGCUGGUCCGGGCAGUGCAUCCUCAUCUCAUCUGCUCAUUGACCUGUGGUGGACGGGAUUGCCGUUAUGAGGGUCCUGAAGGCUGGAGUCUGGAACAACAAGCUAUUAGAGGACUGUAUUCAUCCUGGAUUACUAAUGACAUUCUUGCAAUGAGCCGCCCAUCCACACGUUUAAUACAAGAAUACAAAAUCACAGAACAAUUCCACAGGUGCGGAAUUCGCUCUUUGGUCAGUGCCCAACUUCCCUGGGAACACCCCUACUGUGGGGACCCACUUGAUCCUCAAAGUGGUUUCUCAUACAGACCCCAGGAAUUAAUGGAUUCUGGCAUCUCUUACUACAACUUCAGUCUCCCUGAUUUUGGGGUUGUCCCUGUCCCCCGGAUUCUGGAUGCAGUGAAGGUUAUUGCGUUUGCUCUGCAGGAAGGCAAGGUUGCCGUGCAUUGCCACGCAGGACUAGGUCGCACGGGGGUCCUCAUUGCAUGUUAUUUGAUCUACGCAUGUCGUGUAUCUGCUGCGGAUGUUAUACGCUAUGUACGUCUCCGUCGUCCUGGCUCUAUCCAGACAAGGGUCCAAGUGUCCCUGGUGUGUGACUUUGCUCUGUUCCUGAGCACUCAGUGGCCUGUCUUCCCAUGUAACCCUCCCUGUUCUCCAUGCUUCACAUUAUCUGAGUAUCUGACACAUCAGCGGAAUCUCCUCCAUGGUCAAGAGGCUCGUAACUUGCGGUAUCUUCCUAAGCCAGUGGCUGUAUUAUGCCGGAGGCUCUCUCAGUUGGCGAGGGGUAGUAGGGCACGAGGGGGACCUUGGGUAGAACUGGAAAAGGAGAGGGCACACAGACAACUGCACCAAGCCAUUGUCAGAGCAGCGAAUGAACGCCACCAUAAGAGUAAACCCACACCAACCAGCGAGGCUGAAGACGAUGAGCAACAAUGCAGUAAAGUCACGAGGAAAAGGGGCUUUUUGCAGAACCAGAUGAGCUGUGAGGCUGGAAUCAUGCAAUUGCUGCUUACCUCAGAUACACAGGUAGAUGCUGUGAGUAAUGGGAUUUGUCAGCUUGGACUUGUUCAAACAACCUCAUUGAGAGCAGAGGAUAGACCUUCAGAUGCCACAAAAAAAACAGAAGACAGCAGUGUCCAAAACCAGGGGAGCAAGGAGACAACACAGCACCUGCCCCCUCAACAUGUUUUGUGCAUUGCCGAAGCACUGGCUGAUUUGGAGGAUCCAGACCCUGAGACACAACAGGGAGUCCUCAAUCUGCAGAAACUGUUGAAUGAGGAAGGCACAUGGUCGGCAAUAUUCACAGAGACCAGCCCAAAAGUUCUCUGCAAUCUUCUUUGGGACUGGCUUCAACAACUAAAGAAACCUGUGCUGAGUCAGGAAGAUAUUAAUCAAUUUUGUGAUGGAGAAUGGAGAGAAAAUCUAGCCAAGCUCAGCCGGGCUCAAGGAGAGACCCUGUGCUGCCUACUGCAGUGUGUCAGUAAACUACCAUCUUUACCUCCGCCACUUGAUGAGUUGGUUUUAUCGAGACUGAUCAAAGCUCUGACACAGCAAACUCAAAGCUAUCCCAGUCUGCCACAUAAUGUUAUCUCACAACUGCGCUGUAUUGUACUUGAAAUAAGAAUUAAAGGUGUAUCUUCUUGGGCACAACGCAAACAACAGAUGUUACAGAGUGGGGAACAAUAA